ACCAAGGAAAUUAGGCAUUACUUGUUACAAUGAAUUCUACAAUGGCACGAUGGAGUUCGAUUACUAGAGCGCUAUUUCUGGUGCUCUUUGCUAGCAUCGAAGCAACAGCUCGCACCGAGGCAGUAACGUCUUCAAGGAAUAUCAUGUGGCUUGAUAGACCUUCCACACUAAAUUUGUUGAGGGGUAGUAGAAUGUUGGGAGAUCGCACAAUCACAACCCCCAACUGCGAUGUGGUUCGCACUGCGCCAUAUCCCGCCGAACUCCAGCUUUUUUAYACUUACUCCGUUGAAAUCAACGAUGACAUACUACUCAGUGAUAUGGAACGUGCAAUGGAAAAUGCCGUGGCGAUAGAAUUGGAUAUGUGCGAUGUGGAAGGCCGCCCGGUGUACAAAGUCAAAACAGGCGUAAGACAUUCUUUUUCUACUUCGGGUAUGUUAAGGAUGAUGUGGUCUGGAAUAUUGUUCGUAGUCUUACGCGGUUCGAAGCUGUUAUCCUCACGAACACUCGUGUCGCUCGUACUCUAUUUCACAGGAAAGUGUGAUCCUAUCGUCGACGGAAAUACCUGUAUUGUGGUGAAUGGCGAAACAGCAGUUUUUCUAGAUACGAGCUCUGACGCUAAUUUUGUUCGAAAUAGAGCGCACAUAGGAAUACUACAUGGAUUGGGUGAUUCGAGUUUCUUAGAUGGAUUUUCAAAUUCGGUGGUUUCAGCUGCUUUGAUUUCGGAGGGACACGCUUCACUGGUUGAAACCUCGGAUUCCCAUUACGAGAGCUUUGACAGAAGGACAGGCUCUUAUUCGAGUAUUACCACAACUGUAGCCGUCGCAGCUGCUUCUGUUACGAUUGUUGUCGCUUCUAUCUUCUUCUACGGUUUUUUGCGCAGAGGUGCCUCUGAUAACCCAAGUGUGCGACAUCGGAAGAAUCGUUCGUUGCGAAAGUCCAGUCCAAGAACGAUUGUAUCAGGUUCUCAUCUUAGCGUUCCUAUCCGCCGUCACUUCGUUCGAUUGGAAGACAUGACUGCAUCUCCCACUUCCUUUAUCACGAACACCAACGCCUCACCHCAGAGUAGCCCAAACAAAUGUGUACCGGAAUACAUAGAGGAAGAAUACGAUCACCACGAUGAUUGCGACUCAGAAGACUAUCCAAAUGUCAACUGGAGUGUCUCUGACAUUACGUGUGACUCCGUAUCGCUUCGCUCAUCAGUCUCUCGAACACCAAGUACGCUCGAAAGAAUCGAGGAGGAGAUCGAAGAUGACGAGAAAACGCUCGUAGAUAGYGACCGUGACGAUAACAGUUGCAACUUUUCCUACUCCGAAGACUCGACAAUGAUUACGAACUCUUCGUCAAAGGCUGGAGAAAUGGAUCCGAAGAACCGGAGCGGCGACGGUAACAUGAGCCAUAACAACACGAACGUAGCAGAAUUCGAUUGUGCAAGCGAAAGGCGAGAUCGCCUUUUGGACCUUUCUGACCUUGAUGCCUGUUUCACCAUCCUCCCUGGAUCGAACGAAGAYGUUUUCUGUGAUCUAGAUGAUUUAUCGAGCGAAGGCUCGGACGAAAGUAUGCUUGAAAGCAGUCUAUUGGAYAUGGAAAUGUCGUUAGAAGAGAGUGACGAAUGCUCGUUACAAGCCAGCGUGAGUGAUACUUCGGUAGUUUCCAUGGUUCCUCUUAGUGACUUGAUACAACGUGAUYUCGUCGAGGAUAGCGUCGAUGAUCUAUCAAUGGAACAUGCUAAUUCUCAGGACAUCAUGUACAAGUACUCAUACAACAAUCCGAAGCAUUCCGUUUGCAGGAAUCUCACACCACUCUCAUCCAUAUCAGUUGACGACAGCUUGGUUUCUACUAUACUAGAGAUGCAAGUGUUUUCGGAGCAGGAAGUUUAUGAGUCAUCMUCUCCUGUAAAGUGUGUGAACGGUAAUCUAGCUGUUUCAGACUCGAAGGUGAAGGGCAACACGGAAGUUGAUGCAAUGUCAGUCACGUCACGUUCAAAAUCAAUGAAUGCGGAAGAUGAUUUCCCUACUGUUGUUAAUGAUGACAGUUCGGAAUCAGUUUGCGAUGUUCAKUUAAAUUUGGAAAAUAAAUCAAGAUCGCUAGAAGAUGCUUCCUUUGCUUUUAGUUCUGGUGAUACACCACAAGAUAUUUUGUCAUCUUUGCAACGACACGAAUGGUUCGAAAGUGACAUGAAMGUUACGGAUACCCCAGCUCAGAACGAGAACACAGAUUUGAGUUUGCAUUAUUGCAUUGGUGAAGAGCAAAUACAGAGUAUCGAUUCUUCUUGCGAAGGAAUCAGCAAUGAACAAACCAGUGACUUUCACCCAGUGGAUAAUAUUAAUGAGGUGGUUCAAGAGCAAGCGUAAGCAGAUAGCUAUAUUCACCAUGCGAUAGUUUGAUAGCUCUGUCAAGCACAACGACACUCAUGUUCACAGGAAUU